AUGUUGCAAAUGGACAGAAGAAUUGGUGAAAACAUUCGAGAAGAAGCUAGAAGAGCGAAAGCGAUUGCUGUGGAGAUGUACAGAACAGGUGAUUUCUGUGGAGCCAAAGAGUUUGCUGUAAGGGCACAAAGGCUUAACCCUUCACUCUGUGGUCUUCUCCGUCUAAAUGCGGUUCUUGACGUGCGCAUGGGUUUCGCCAAGCAAAUCAACGGUGAAAUUGAUUGGUAUGCUGUGUUAUCGGUUGACCCGACCGCAGAUCUUGAAACAAUCCAGCAACGUUACCAGAAGCUAUCUCUGGACAUCAUCCUUGAUGACUGUGACAACACUGUUUGUAGCAUUGAUGAAGCCAACAUGUUACUGACUGGUUCCUGGAAUCAUCUGUGCAAUGAAGAGGCGAAGCAAGUUUAUGACAUGAGACGUCAAGAACAGCUACAACUACAGAAUCUGAGAAGAGCCUCGGAGGCGUUUUCUAAUUCCGUGGAUAAUAGCACCUUCUGGACAUUAUGCCGUUCUUGUAACAUGAAGUAUGAGUUUCCAGGUAGAUGCAAAGAUCGCAGGGUUAUGUGUGUUCAUUGUUGCAUGCCAUUUGACGCUUUGGAGUGUCCUGGACCAUCGAUGAAUCGUUUUACUCCAUCGACUUACGAAAAGCAGCAGCAGCUCAGGAGAGCGGGAACGAUUCAGGUUCCGAGCUUCACUAACAAUCCGGUGGUUCUGUCAGCAGUGCCUGAACCUGUCUUGACAUCUCAAAGAACUUUUGAUCAAGUAAACAGAGUUGGUCAAGAAACAGUUGAAGCUAGGUUUGAACAACCUCCAUCGAGAGUUUCUGGUCCUGUGAACCAGUUAAGGAGAGCUAGUGGAGGAGAUAACAAACGAAAGGGACCUCUACUAACAAAUGUUCCUCAGUUCAGAAGAAUCAGUGAAGACGCAGGGCUCAGAGGUAUGAUUGAAAAGGGUAAGAGUUUGGUCGAACAGAUCACUCUUGGAAGGUUAGUUUCUGCUUCUCAACAAAACAAUGUUGCUUCUGCUUCUUCAGCAACAAACAUACCUCAAGGCUCCAAGAACUGCAUAGCAGCGGAAGGAGUAAAGUGUGAAAGCAAGAACACUAAUGUUGUGGUUAAAAAGGAGGAACCUGAUGCAGUGUUUGUGAUUGUUCCAGAUACUGAUUUCCACAACUUUGACAAUGACCGAACCAAAGCUUCGUUUCGAGAAGGAAACCAGGUAUGGGCUGUUUAUGAUGAUAAGGGAAUGCCUCGUUUGUAUGCAAUGGUCCAUGGUCUUGUCAGUCAAGAACCAUUCAAGAUGUGUUAUUCUUGGCUGUAUAGCAAGAAUAAUGAGGAACUAGGUCCAAUGAAGUGGAUUGAAUCAGGUUUUUACAAGACCACCGGAAGCUUCUCAAUCGGUAAGCGUGAUUUUUGGGCUCUCUAUACAAACUGGUCACCAUCUUGGAACAGUUCAACUCCUGAAGAAGUUGUGAACAAUUAUCAAUUAGUUGAAGUGCUUCAUGAUUUCGAGGAAGGAGUAGGUUUACCGGUUGUGCCGCUAGUCAAAGUCCCUGGAUACAAAGUUGUGUUUCGUCGCCAUCCAUAUCAGUGGACAAUCCCAAAGUGUGAACUGUUUAGGCUAUCCCAUCAGGUGGAUUCUCAUUUUCUUACAAGUGAAGAUGGUGAGAAUGUUCCUGUAGGUUUCUUGGAACUUGAUCCUGCACAUUUGACACCAGAGCUUCUCAAUGUUGUCACUAAGGAGGAGAUGAGAGGAUUGGAGAAUGUGGCUUUCAAGAAACCAAAGGAGGAGGCUGAUGGGGGCGAAGCAAAAAAGAAGCUUGGAAUGAUGAGAAAACUGGAGACUGUGGUCAAGAAACCAAAGGAGGAAGUUGAUGAUGGUGUGGGGAGUUCGAGCAAUGCUGCAAAUGAUGGGGAAACUACAAAAGUGAAGCUUGAAUUGGAAGGCGACAAAGAGGAGAAGCUUUAG